CAAGCUCGUAGAAAAUUUGUCUUCUUCAUUAUAUCUCGUAUUUUUUUUUAAAGUGCAAGAGACCGAUUUUGCUGCUCUUUAUUUGAAGAUAAAUUUGGUGAAAAUUACAAUUUAUUUUUAAAUAAAAAUCAGUGCAAAUCAACAUCUAAAGAUCAAUACACAUAGUAUAGUAGAUAAGAAGACUUAACUAGUUAAAAAUAAUUGGACAAUGGAACCUGUACCAAAUCCUGAUAUGAUACCGCAGCAGGCCGGUUAUGCACCACGACGACAAUAUGACCAAAUGCCCCCGAAUGUCGGUGCGGUACCGGCAAAUAUGUCGAAUGGACAAGGACAAAUGGGAGCGGCGCCAGCGGCUCCUACUAAGAUUUUGCAAAGGCCGGCUAAACUUAAAAAGGAAAAAGUGGAAGAUUUAAUUGCCAGCACCAGCAAAAUGGCAAUUGAGGAAUCAUUGAAGUUGACUGAUGCAAAUGGCGUUGCAAUGAAAACUCCGGUAUCUUUGCUUCAAGAGCUGCUUAGUCGUCGUGGCAUAACACCCAGUUAUGAGUUGGUGCAAAUAGAGGGUGCCAUACAUGAGCCCACAUUCCGUUAUCGGGUGUCAUUCAACGAUAAAGAUGUACCAUUUACAGCAAUGGGCGCUGGUCGCUCCAAGAAAGAGGCUAAACAUUCAGCAGCUAGAGCAUUAAUUGAUAAAUUGACUGGCGUACAGUUGCCAGAGCCGCAGUCCGCACCGACUGCCUCAAAUCCAGCAGCUGGCCUUGAUGCCAAUGCUAAUACAGCUGGCAGUGGUGGAGAUGCUGCCGAUAAAAUUGUUGGCAAUCCCAUUGGCUGGCUUCAAGAGAUGUGCAUGUCUCGCCGUUGGCCACCACCAAACUAUGAAACUGAAACCGAAGUUGGCUUGCCACAUGAGCGCCUCUUUACCAUAGCCUGUACCAUACUAAACUUCCGUGAAGUUGGCAAAGGUAAAAGCAAGAAAAUUGCCAAACGUACGGCUGCUCAUAAAAUGUGGACUCGUUUGCAGGAGACACCCAUUGAUAAUAAUCAAUUGGUUGAGACAAUGGGCACCGAUUUGGGUGGUGAUAAAUCCAAUUAUUACGGUGAUUUGAAAGAUAUCACGGUACCAACACUUACCAGUCAACAUAGCAAUAAAGUUUCACAAUUCCAUAAGACUCUUAAGAAUUCUACAGGCAAAAAACUAAUUAAAUUGCAGAAAACUUGCCUAAAAGAUCCCAAAAUUGAUUAUGUCAAACUGUUGGGUGAAAUUGCUCACGAAAAUCAAUUCGAAGUAACUUACGUUGACAUUGAGGAGAAGACCUUCACUGAUAAAUUUCAAUGUUUGGUACAACUAUCCACUCUACCGGUGGGUGUAUGUCAUGGUUCUGGUACUACACCAGCUGAUGCCCAAAAAAUGGCAGCACAAAAUGCUUUGGAAUAUUUGAAAAUUAUGACCAAAAAAUGAAUAAAAAAAACUAAAUGUGUAAAAUCACUUUAAGUUUUUACACUGUAUUGCAGCUGUUUUAAGAAAAUUACAACAUUUCUCAAACAAAAAAAAAAAAGAAAUUCAAAGCACGAUAAAAGAAAUAUGGGUUUGUUUCUAUUUAAUUAUUUGUAUAUGAAUAUUUUCCUUCUUUACUCGUUAAUUUUUAUGGUUUAAUCCAAUAAUUUUGAAUGAAAAAAUUGUACGUUUCAAAAAAAUAAAAUAAUAAAAAUAUUUUAUUAUAAUAUUGAAUAAUUUUUUAAUGGACUAUCAAUAUUUUUUAUAAGUGAAUAUUUAGAUUUUUGUUAAAAAUUAAAACCCUCUAAAACCUUUUUUUAAUGAAGUAAUUAAUUUUGUUAUGAAUUUUUAUAUAAAUGAGGAUUAUUUUUUAUUUUAUUUUUUGAAACCCAUAAACAAGCAGCUGUUAUGCAUAAAAAAAUCUAAAGAAAAACAUUUAAUAUUGUUUAACUAAAUACAUAAAUAACUAAUAUAUAAAAUAUGCAUUUUGCAAUUAUCAAUUAUAAUUAUAAAAGCAUAACAAAAACUAUUAAAAAAACACAUAUAAACAAUUUCAUGAAAUAUUACAACACAAAAAAAGCUUAUAUAUUUAAUUAAAACAAAAUAAAACAAAAAAAUCGUUAAAAACAAAUUUAAAUGUUAAACUUAAGAGAAAAAACAAACACUUAAAAAUCAACUAAUCUUUUUUGACAAACAAACAAACAAAAAGUGAAAGAUGGAAAAUUUAUAUUUUAAGUUAUAGUUAUUUAUGUAACUAGUUCAAUCGUAAAGAAAAACAUUAGAGUUGGUAAAACUAUAGAGAUUAUAUCAAUCAACAACAGGAAAUAACAUAAUCCUUCCUCUCCAACCAACAGAUGAAAAACAAUACAAACGUUUUUUGUUAAUAACAAACAUGCAAACAAACAAAAAUGUUUAAAUCUUAUAGUUGCUGCAAACUAUAUGCAAUUUAAACGCCUACAAGCUAUACUUUGCAUGGACCUAAUGAUGAAUUUUCCACACUUAAAAUUUAAAGAUAAAGAAAAAUAUUGCAUUAAGAAUGUUUAAAAAAAUCUUAAGAUCGAACAUAUAAAACAUUUUAUUUUUUUUUUAAUUUUUCUCACAUUGUGUUUAAUUUUGAGUUUAUUUUCAGUUUAAUUCUACUAAAAUUUAAAUGAAUGAAACAAGUAAUCUGGAAAAUUAUUACAUUAUUUUAGUGCAAAGUGUAGAGGUUGUAAUUUCAAUUAAACAAAAAAAUACAUAUUUAGAAUUCUAAGCUUUGCCAGAGAAAUUGGUUUUAAAUAAAAAUAUAUUGCUCUCAUUAAUUUGAUAUAUUAAAAUACAUUAAACCAGCAAAAUAUUAUUGUUUGAAAAUAUUUCUGUGCACAAUUUUGAAAAAUUUAACAACUUGCUAUAUUCUUGUGUAAACAAUUAUGCUAAAAAUCAAAUUAUACAUAUUGUACUAUUAAAAUAUUUGAGAAAAUAAUUUAAGCUAUAAAAGAAAUAUUGAAGAAAGACACCUCGUACAUUUGUUCUUAGUUUUUUUUCUUUUCUGACUUUUGAGAAAUUAUUUACAACUUUUUAUGUUAUUGAAUUUUACCUUUAUAGAGUAUAUAAGCAAGUAUAUUUAAAUACAACAAUCUUUCAAUAUACAAUGUAAAACAAAAAUAUUAAUUAAAUAAAAAAAAAAUAAAUAAUAAUUGAUGUUCAAAAAAA